AUGGACGACGACGAGUUUUUGUACGGGUCCGCGCAGGAGAAGGACGCGCAGCAGUCGGAGACGACGAUCGAGGCCAAGGACGGCGCGCAGCUGGAGGCCAAGGACGCCCAGCCGGCCGCGGACGCGAGCGGCGACAGCUCCAGCGACGAAGACGACUCGGACUCGGACGUGGAGUUCAUCAUUGGGUCGUCCGAGUCGAAGCCCGUUGCGGUGGAGGAGAAGCCCAAGGACGAGCCCGUCGCAGGCACCCAGCAGCCGUCGGUGCCGAUCUUCACACAGACAACAGGCCUGGACGUGAACCAGGUGGCGUCGUACAACGGCCAGCCCAUCACACAGCUGUCGCUGGACGAGCUGAACGAGAAGCCGUGGCGGCUGCCGGGCGCAGAUAUCUCGGACUACUUCAAUUUCGGGUUUGACGAGCUUUCGUGGCUGGCGUACUGUUCGAAACAGGAUAAGUUGCGUGCCGAGUUCAAUCCAUCGAAAUUGAUCAAUGAUUUGAUUGCCAGCGGGUCGAUUCCGCCAAGUUUGAGCGGGCUGCUCGGUGCAAUGCCUGGGGGAAUGCCGGGAGCAAACGGGCAGGCGGGCAUGCCGCCUCCGUUCAUGAUGGGCAUGCCUCCGUUCAUGCCAAUGCCAAACAUGUUUGGCAAGAAAGACGGACAGCCGGUGUCGAAGCUGCCGUCGCGGCCAGCAUCGAACUCCAUGACGCCAGAACCAGGCAACAAGGCGGGCAGAGCGCAAACGUCCAGCCACAGAGACCAGGCCGACCGCGACUUCGAAACAGGCUCGCACCAGCACAGCUACAGAGACAGAGAUGAUAGAGAAAGCAGAGGAGGAGGAGGAGGAGGCAGAAGAAGACGGCGCUAG